UUUCAGGUCUGAAUCAGUCCCAUUUUAUUAGUUGUGAAUAAAGACAAAUGUUUCGGCCCUCGAGCGGAAUUAUAGCCCUGGGUUACACCUCUUCAGUAGACUUUGGGAGGAAAGUAAAUUUGGUUAUGAUUAGAAAAAAACUUGCACUGGACUGUUACCAAUUAACCUGCAUUAAAAAACGGAUAAUGAAAAGUAGAAAUGCACGAACUAGUUCUGGAAAAUAUGUCAAUGUUAAUAAGUUGUUAAUUUGUGGUUGCACAUUUGUCAUACAAUAAAAUUACCAAAAAGUAUAUCCUAACUUGCAAUUACUAAAAUGCUAUAAUCCAGUGGGAUUUCACAGUAGUAAUUAGUUCCCAAGUGCCUUGGUGAAAGCACAGUUAAAUCGUAUCUUUACCGUAUUGAAUCAGUGAUCCGAACUAGCGACUUUCCGAUUAAUGGCCUAAUCCUCUAACUGCUCAACUAUCGGCCACCCAGAGGAAUGGACAAACAGACAUGUUCCAUCCAGGACCCAACCCAAACGUUUAACACCUCUCAGUAUGAAAGGGUCAUGCUUAACAUGGACUGCACUGAUGUCCCAUUGUUCUACCGGAACAUAUAUCUUGAGGUCUAACUGGGACUCCAUUUCUAAUCCUGAGUUCAACUGAGGAGUCUUCUGCUAUCAGUGCCAUUUGGCGAACAACUCCACGAGGCAAUAUACCUGAGACCACGAUGGAAACAUUCCUAUCUCUCAAAGCUCCAAACAACGGGGUUCAGCGAAAGAAGAACCGACGUUAUGGCAAGCAGAAGAGCUUAACCUAUCUGGGACUGAUAUCUCAUGUAAUUCAGGGCUCUCCAGACAAGAUGCUCACAUUUAGUCAGAUAAUGGACAAGUUGGAAGCAUUUAUCUCAGGAAACAGAAAGGGCAUCGAAAACAACAUCCGAGUUUGCUUGUCAUCCCAUGACUGUUUUGUUAAGGUUCCAGCUGGUCCAUAUGUGACACAGUCAAAUAAGAACUUCUGGAAAGUCGAUGAGAGUCGAAUUACAGCUAAGAUGGCGCGACGCAACUUCAAGGGCAUACUCCAUCAAUUUCCCGAUUUGUACACCAAAGUGAGAAAGCAAGCAAAUCAAACGUCUGAGGCUUCCGAACGUUUAGCCACGACCGAACCACCAGCACCAGCUAUUUGCUGCCCUAAUAUCCAGAAGAGCAAGUUCACCAGUUCUUUCUCCAUCGAAUCCAUUCUAAACCAAAAGAGUCAACGUUCGUGUCCACAAAACCCUUCAUUCUCAGGUGUGUCAACGGAUCAACUGCUUUUGUGUGCGGAGAGUGUUGAUACCAUGAGGAGGAGGAUUUGGGACUCGCCGCAAGUGGCGAGGAAUCGUGUUUCUUGCCCAGAUGACAGUUACCCCAGCUGCGUUACAUGGGGACCAACAGUCCAUGUCAUUGGUGAUGGUAGAAGAACCUCCAAGAUGAUGCGAAUGUGUGUUAAGCCCUCUUACCCGAACUACUUUAGACCCAGCGUCGCUCCUUGUUUUGUUGACCGGUAUUCUAAGUGUGACGUAUGCUGCCCCGUGUGGACGUGACUACCCUGCUCGACCAGUGAACACCUGACCGACUGUUCAUAAUUACUGUGCACUUCUAACUUGCUGGUAGCUUUUCAAUAAACAUUUAG